AUGACUAAUACAAACCCAUCGAUGGGCGCCAUCGUCCAUAGCGACGUCCUGAUAGUCGGGGCCGGAUUCAGUGGCAUAUCCAUGCUCUAUCGGCUCCGUAAGGCAGGGCUUAACGCAAAGAUCUUUGAAUCUGGAGGUGACUUUGGUGGCGUCUGGUACUGGAACCGGUAUCCUGGAGCCCGUGUGGACUCGGAGUGGCCCUAUUAUCAGUUGAACAUCCCCGAAGUGUAUCGCGACUGGGAAUUCUCCGAGAAGUUCCCUGGUCACAAAGAGAUCCGGGCGUACUGUGCGCACAUCGAUAAGGUUCUUGACUUGCGCAAGGACGUCCAGUUCAACGCCCACGUGGUGGAUGCUCGAUGGAGCAAGAGCGAUGAGAAGUGGACGGUCAAGACCGAACAGGGACACAUUGCGCAGAGCAAGUACUUGAUUUUGUGCACCGGCCUUCUACACCGAAGGCACAUCCCGGAUUUCCCUGGCCUGACGACAUACAACGGAGUUCUGCACCACACAGGCUUCUGGCCUGAAGACAUGAGUGUGAAGGGGAAGAAAGUGGCGGUCAUUGGCGCUGGUGCCACUGCUGUGCAAGUCGUACAGGAGCUGGCUAAGGAAGCUGACCAGCUCACUGUCUUCAUGCGCCGGCCCAGUCUGUGCUUACCUAUGGGUCAACGGCCUCUCAGUGCCGAGGAGCAACGGUCGUGGAAGGCAUAUUUUGAGGCUCUAUUCCGCGAGGGACGCCAGUCCAAUGCCGGGUUCCCAGGCAAAGCUGAACCACGCGGCGUGCUUGACGUGUCGGAUGAAGAACGCGAGCGGCACUUCGAAAUGCUUUGGCAGAGAGGAGGUUUCAAUUUCCUCAUGGGGAACUAUAGCGACGUCGUCCUGAGCAAAGAAGCGAAUCAAAAGGUGUAUGAUUUCUGGGCCAAGAAGAUGAGGCAGAGGAUCAAGGACCCGAGGAAGCAGGAGUUGAUGGUGCCCGUCGACGCGCCUUACUACUUUGGUACGAAGAGAUGUCCUCUAGAGCAGGACUACUAUGAGAUGCUCGAUCGCCCCAACGUCCACAUUGUCAAUUUGAACCAGAACCCACUCAAGACAUUCAAUGCCACUGGUAUGUUGAUGGAGGACGGCACCCAGCUAGAUUUCGACGUGGUUGUCCUUGCCACGGGUUUCGACUCGUUUUCUGGAUCGUUGACCCAAAUGGGAUUGAAGAACAAAGACGGCGUCGAUAUCAAGGACGUCUGGAAGGAUGGUAUCCGGACAUACCUUGGCAUGACGUUUAACGGCUUCCCCAAUGCUUUCAUGGUCUAUACUCCCCAUGCUCCUACCGCACUAUCGAACGGACCAACUAUCAUCGAAGCGCAGAGCGAUUUCAUCCUGGCCGCCAUCGAGAAGCUGGAGAAGGAAGGCGCCAAGACGAUUGAGCCGAACCGAGACGCCGAGGACGAGUGGGACGGCAUGAUCGACGCCAUGAAUGAGCACACGCUCUUCCCGCUCACCAACAGCUGGUGGAACGCGUCCAACAUCCCCGGCAAGAAGAUUCAGAUCCUGACCCACCCGGGCGGCAUCAAGAUGUACGAGUCCCAGUGUCGCGACACUCUCAACGACUGGAAGGGUUUCACAGUCGUGGGCAAGGAGACCAACGGCGUCUUGAAGGAGAAGGGCGUGCCUAACGAGAAGAGCGUGGAAAUUGCCGUCCCGGUGUAA